AUAGUCGUUAUUGAGUGGUGUGCGAUAUGUAGUAAAAUUGUGUAGUAAUUCAUUACAAUCCCAAAUGGCGGGAGGUAUUGUGUUGUCCUGCUCUAACGUGCGGGAGGAUAUUGUGAUUUGAUGUACAAAGUGAGAUGAUGAAGUUUCGGGCGUGACAGAGACCACGGGAUAGAUACCCGGUCUAUUGUGUAUAUUUUUCCGUUUGGAUUCACAACUCGUCGCAUUUUGUACGGAGCUCUUGAGUCUCUCAGUCUCUCAGUCAAGCACAGUCACUACUCCCAGGCAGUUGUGUUGUGUGUCCUCAGUUGGUGGAAUCUUUUUAAAAUUCUGUUGAAGUGAAAUUUCUGUUUUUUUUUUUUAAAUUUUUCCUUGAAGGCAGAGUUUUAUCAUACCAAGGAGGAGCAUCUGAUAGAAUAUACUUGGGAAGAACUAUAUACGGUUUUGUAUAUCACAGUGAUAUUGUGUGUUAGAGGUUCUUUUUUUCUGGACCAAUUCGUGGACAAGAAUUGUGCUAAAGAGUAGGAUUUUUUUCUUUGCAUUUACAACCAUCAUCUAGAGGUCUUUCGGUUGCAAACGAAAGGCACGGAAAAAAGGUUUUUUAGUGAGGAAUUUGUUACACUCAGAGAAACAGUGCUAAACACUAUUGCUCCUGAAAGUUAAGCCCAGAGGAUUGCAACGAGUACUCCAUAGACAUCUUUCCGAGUCAUACAUGAGGAUUUGCUUGACACUGGAAGAGAUCUUUGGGGACAAUUGAAUGAGCAGAUAUUGGGUGCCGGAAAAGUCCUGUGCUGAAAUUGUGUCACGAAUGCGACGUGUGCAUUCGCCAGUGUCACUGCCAGAACCACCAUCACCAUCAGGCAUCAUCGGGAAAGUGUGGCUGGUGGAGGACGUGCGACUGUGGUCGCUGAGGAGGAUUUGGAACGACGGCCGAUGUUAUCAGCCGUAGAGAGUCACCUGGGGCCCAGUCGGGCGUACACACAUCCAUUUGUGGGUCCCACGGUUACGGCUCUCGUGCCCAAUUGCCAUCCGAUCUCAUCAUUUCCGCCCCUAAACACCCCGCCGGCUAAUAUGUCGGCGGCGGAAUUUGCUAGACCACAGCCCAAAGUCAGGUACAAUGGCAAUUUGUCGUCGAGGAGUGCUCUGGCCACGUCUCCACGAUCCAAGUACAUCGAGCAGACGGGUCCGGUGAAUCUGGCCGUUGGAUCAGGCAGUAAUUCACCCAAGAUGGAUACACUGCCACCACCUCAGGUAUCACAGCAGCCGCCGCUACUCUAUGACACCUCCGCCACAUUCUCCCAACCCCUCAGCUACCCAGGUCUCUACGGACGUAGCGCAGCAGCCCAACUGUAUGGGCGCUCUGCCCUGUAUCCUCUGCAUUCGCUGGCGCCGCCUCGGAGUGCACAUGGCACCUACAUUGCCCCUCAGCUGGAUUACCAUCCAACGGCGCCCUUCCUGUCGGCUGUGCCAUAUUCGCCAACGGCGAACCUUCAGCCACCGCCCGCCGAGACGCCUGCUGGUGCUUCAAUACUGAAAAAGAGCCCAACGGUGUCCAACGCCUUCUGCACUCCUAAGGAGUCCAAGAACAGCGUCAGCUUCAAAGUGCCAUCGGGCAAGGAGGGUUCUCUAAAGCAUAGAAUCCUCACUAGGCCCUACAGCGAGCGUGAGUCCACCAAAAGGAAAUCUCCCAGCAGAACAAUCCCAUCGACUGUCGUAAGCAGUACAACGACGGUGAAACCAAACUUCAGCAAAGGUGUCCUCAUUGAUCUGGGCAAUGGCGAAAUGCGUCGAGUGGAGGACAUGCGAACGGAGGACUUUAUCGCCUCUUCGGCAAAGACUCCUGGAUUAGAAUUGGUCGAUUCUACUGUUGUGAAGAUCUCAUCGGGAGGCAGCAGUGACAUGGUCGUAACGCUCAAUUGUGUGAAGCACAAGUCAAAGGUUCACCUGAGCGUUUACCCUGAGCAUCCGUUCUUCGUGUAUCGUCAGGGUUGGGCAUCGUGCAAUCCCGAGGGCACUUUCCGUGUGCACGGGCUCAAGUGUCACCAGUUGCAGGUGGGCGAUGUGUGUAUCUCGCUGCGUCAGAAGGAUCCAAUGCCAAGUGUUCCGGAAUCGACGGCGUUGAGUGUACAAGAGUCUGGUGGUGGUCGAGAACCACCGAUGGCAUCACCUCCGGUGCAGCAGCAACCGCAGAAUCUGUCCCGGAAGCCGGCGCAGCAGAUUGAGGGUGUGACGUAUCAUCCAAAGUAUCGUAGUACAAGUCAAAUGGACAAUCCACCGCCUCAGAGUGCAUCCACGACCAUUAAUCAUAGUAUUCAGAGCAUUGUGAUGAGCAUCAAUGACGAUCAGAGGCGCUACCAGCAGCAUUUCCAUCCACUCCAUCAUCCAACAUACUACAAUCCGCACGAAAUGAUGCCAGCGCCGCGUCCAGAGGAUUCUGCUGCCAUGCAGUCAGAGGCCAAGAAGAGGCGCUGGUCAGCUCCGGACAACAUUCACGACGACGAGAAUGCCUUUGUGGCCGGAGCACCCUAUCCACCACCACACAAACUUGCUAGUCAUUGAAGUUUCUUUUUUUUCCCGGAAGAGAAAAAGGAAAAGCUGAAAAAAGGUAUGUUGAGCGAAAUUUUUCUAAGGAAUGGGAGAGAAAUUUCUCCUGAAAACCAUUUUUUAAUUUUUUGUGAAAUCAAUUGCCACACGAGUUUUUUUUUAGAAUGAGAAAUAAUUGAAAAUAAAAAAAUAUUUGAAUUAAAAUAAAAUGAGAUAAUAAUGUAGUUAGCUGAACUUUCUUAGGAAGUUUUGGUGUAGUUCAAGAAGAUUAAAAUAAAAAAAAUAAAGAAAAGAAGAUGUCAAUAUGCUGAGAAAUACAAAAGAUAAUUUCCCAUUAGGAUUACUUACUCAAAAACAAAAUAAAUAAAUAAAUGAGGAAUACAUAAUUCUUAUUAAAAUGAGACAACUACCUCAAGUUGCAAAGGUAAAAACAAAAAAAAGAGGAGAGAUGCAAGGGAAAGAAUGUGUGGAAAUAAAAAACAAGUGAGGACAAAAUAUACAAAAAAAAAACACUUAAUGUUUAUUAUUUUGUAAAUUAUUGAAAUGAAAAUAUCGAUCUCAUA